UCGUAUUCUAACUCGUUCCGAUUUCGAUAUCAUCCUUAACGAUCCAAUCAAUUCAUCGGUAGUUACACAUCAUCUUCUUCCUCUCGCUCUGAAAGCGAAAACCCUAUUUCUUCUAGUCACCAAUUAAAUCCGGCGGAAAAAAAACCUAAUAUACUUUCACCGGGACUUUCCCGACCAAAACCUGACGAGCUAAAAUUCUCGGAGUCUCUUCUCUGCUUGGGCUGGAAUGGGUGCGAGUCGCAAAUUACAAGGCGAGAUAGAUCGGGUGCUGAAGAAGGUUCAAGAAGGCGUUGAUGUUUUCGACAGCAUCUGGAACAAGGUAUAUGAUACAGAUAAUGUAAACCAAAAGGAAAAGUUUGAGGCGGACUUGAAGAAGGAAAUCAAGAAGUUGCAGCGGUAUAGAGACCAGAUCAAGACAUGGAUUCAGUCCAGUGAGAUCAAGGAUAAGAAAGUCAGUGCAUCGUAUGAGCAAUCCCUGGUUGACGCUCGGAAGCUCAUUGAGCGAGAGAUGGAGAGGUUUAAGAUCUGUGAGAAAGAGACCAAGACAAAAGCUUUCUCUAAGGAAGGACUGGGUCAGCAACCUAAAACUGACCCAAAAGAGAAAGCAAAGUCGGAGACAAGGGAUUGGUUAAACAAUGUGGUGAGUGAGCUCGAGUCGCAGAUUGAUAGCUUUGAAGCUGAGUUGGAAGGACUGUCUGUCAAAAAAGGAAAGACAAGGCCGCCUAGAUUGACACAUCUUGAGACAUCUAUUACAAGGCACAAGGAUCAUAUAAUUAAGUUGGAAUUGAUCUUGAGGCUUCUGGACAAUGAUGAAUUAAGUCCAGAACAAGUAAAUGACGUCAAAGAUUUUCUGGACGAUUAUGUUGAACGAAAUCAAGAUGAUUUUGACGAAUUCAGUGAUGUCGAUGAGCUCUAUAGCACGUUGCCACUUGAUGAGGUGGAGGGUCUUGAAGAUCUUGUUACAGCUGGACCCCUCGUUAAGGGUACUCCUUUGAGCAUGAAGAGUUCUUUGGCAGCGUCAGCAUCUCAAGUUCGGAGCAUAAGUUUGCCAGCACAUCAUCCGAGUACUUCUCAAGAUAAGGCAGAGGAUACAACUUUACCGGAUAGCAGUUCUGAGACACUUCCGAAAACCCCUCCCCCAAAGAAUGGCGCAACCCUUCACUCAGCUCCAUCAACACCCGUCGGGGGACGUCCAAGUUUGAAUGUGCCCGCCAGUAACGUUUCAAAUGCACCAGUUGCCUUAUCGACUUCUAUUUCUGUUCAAACUUCUACAGAAAGUAUGGGAAGUUUGUCUCCAGUGGCUGCCAAGGAAGAAGACGCAACAGCCUUGACUUCCCGUAAACCACCUUCAUCUGUUGCUGAUGCUCCAUUGAGGGGUAUUACUAGAGUUGGUAUCCCCAGCCAGCCCCAACCAAGUCAGCCUUCAUCUCCAAGUCCAGCUAAUGGAGCACGCAUUAGUGCUACCUCAGCAGCUGAAGUUGCAAAGAGAAAUAUAAUGGGAGUUGAGAGCAACUCCCAACCUCCAACUUCUCCUCUGAGCAAAAUGGUAUUGCCACCAACUGCGAAGGGUAAUGAUGGAACUGUCUCUGAUAAUAACCCUGGUGAUGCUGCGGCUAGUAUCGGUAGAGCGUUUUCACCAUCUAUCGUACCUGGUUCACAGUGGAGGCCUGGGAGUCCCUUUCAGAGUCCGAAUGAAUCGGUCCGUGGUAGAACUGAAAUAGCACCAGAUCAAAGAGAGAAAUUUUUACAGCGGUAUCAGCAAGUACAACAAGGCCACGGUAACCUCUUGGGCAUACCUUCUCUAUCUGGAGGAAACGAGAAGCAGUUUUCUUCACAACAGCAAAAUCCUCUUUUACAGCAGAGCUCUGCCAUCUCUCCUCAUGGUAACUUGGGAAUUCAGGCACCAGGUUUUAAUGUCAUGAGUUCUGGCUCCUUACAGCAGCAGUCAAAUGCCAUGUCUCAACAGUUGGGUCAGCAGCCUUCUGUUGCAGAUGUAGAUCAUGCCAGAAAUGAUGAUCAGCUGCAGCAAAACUUACCUGAUGAUUCAACUUCCAUAACAGCUUCAAAAGCUAUGGCAAAUGAGGAUGACUCUAGAGGUCUAUUUGAUACUCCGUCGGGAAUGCCCAGCUACAUGUUGGAUCCAGUACAGGUGACUAGGGACGGUCCUGAUUUCUCUCCUGGACAACCCAUACAACCCGGUCAACCUUCAAGUAGCCUCGGGGUCAUUGGGCGUAGAAGUAACUCUGAAUUAGGAGCCAUUGGUGACCCUUCAGCUUUAGGGCCAAUGCAAGAACAGAUGCACAAUCUCCAGAUGCUUGAAGCUGCUUACCAGAGGCUUCCUCAACCCAAAGAUUCAGAACGUCCUAGGCCCUAUACUCCGGUACACCAUUCUUCUGAACUCUAUUUGGCCUCGUCACUUAAUAACAAUAUUCUCGCUUAUAAUUUCAAUAUUCCCGGUGAUUUUGAACAGAGGAACCCAGCAAUCACACCUCAAACAUUUCCACAAACGCAAGCGCCAAUUAUAAGCAACCCUUUGUUCUGGGAACGUUUAGGCAGCGACGCAUAUGGAACCGAUACUUUGUUCUUUGCAUUUUAUUACCAGCAGAACUCGUAUCAGCAAUAUCUAGCUGCAAAAGAGCUGAAGAAACAGUCAUGGAGAUACCACAGAAAGUACAACACUUGGUUUCAGAGACACAAAGAGCCAAAGAUUGCAACCGAUGAGUAUGAACAAGGAGCCUAUGUUUAUUUCGAUUUCCAAACCCCUAAAGACGAGAAUCAAGAAGGAGGAUGGUGUCAGAGGAUCAAAAACGAAUUCACAUUUGAAUACAGUUUUCUUGAAGACGAACUUGCUGUAUAGAAGAAAAGAGUGAGAGAUAUAUGUUCUAUAUGUAUAUACUCUUCCGCAAGUGCUAUUUCCUGCGUCUAUUUGUAUUCUUCUCUUCAAUAAACUAAUUACUUUUCGUUUCAAACUUUGAAUUCUUUGUUGAGUACUCUAAAUGACGAAAGCCAAUAACAAAAAAUCUUUAAUGCGUCCAUUAAUCCUAAAACCGAAUAUUCGAAGGAAAAAAAAACUAAUAUUUUAGGUUUUAUGCAUCGCACAAUCUACAAGUGCUGUUUUCCUCUUUUUGUAUAAUUGUUGGCCUAU